GUGAGGAGCUUGGGCAAUGUUCAGGAAAACGAAACGUCAAAUGUUAAAAUUGCACAACGCAAGCUCAGAUAAAAAUUAAAAGAGUUUGCGUUGAUCGCGCGUGACAGUUGCUGAAUUCCCAGACAGCAGUACCAUAUCUGUUCUGAGUUGUCAAAAAAGUCAUGGCUGAAAAAGCGUUGAAAUGCUUCGGGGCGGGGUACUCCGUCGCCAAGCCGUUGUUCCCGAACAGACUUUCAGUGAAGACCGAGGGCCACACCCUGCACGUUGUCACCUUUCAAACCGACCACAAGGACACACAGAUCUUGUUUCAUUUUGAUGAAUCCUAUCCUAGUCGGAUACCAAAGAUAAAGGUUUCAUCUUCAACUCUGACUGAAGAUCAGAAAUGUGACCUGUCUGAGUUUCUUCACCGCAAGGGCAAGGCCGAGGAAUACGGCAACUCCCAAACACUGCCAUUGUUGGUAGAGCAUGCUGGAAAAUGGCUGCAAGAGAAUUAUGGGAAAAAAACAAGUGAAGUCAAACAGUGGAAUAGAAAUGAAAUCCGGGAAGAGAGCUGGCAGUUGCAGGCCUCCCCAGAGACAGCUGCUGUGUCAAGUCCUGAUCCAAGGGAGAUAACUACAAGCACUCAAAGGGAGACAACUCCAACAGGAAGAAAACAAAGAGAGAGAAAUGGAAACAUGGCUCCUGAGUCAUGGGCAGAUUCAAUCAUACAGUUGAAGGCGGGGGACGAUGAAGUAACCAGCUCUGACUGGAAUGUUGUAGAGUCUAGGUCAAAGCCCAUUAAAGGUUCAAAGAAAGAAAGUCAGAAGGUAAAGUUCACCCUAGACUCGGUGCCAAAGUUGGAUGUGCCAGCUGACUCUCGUCGGGCGAAUUACUUCGUCGCAAUACGUUGCACCAAUGGAGAGAUCGGGGACGCUGUAACAGAGGUUGUCAAGAAGAUGUUGAGUGUGGAUAGCGUUUACCAGCCAAUCUGCUACAACCGCAACGAGGUCCACGUCACCCUCACUACAGUGGCACUGCACUCGGACAGUGAUGUCAACAAAGCUGUUAAAGCACUACAGGAUGCGCGGGACGUGCUGAUCGAUCACGCCCCUACAUCCUGUCUCAGGAUCAGCGGCAUUGAUGAGUUCCAAGGAAGCAAGGUCGUGUUUGGCAAGGUCAGUGUUGAAGAAGACAUCCUCCUGCUACGGAAGGUUGUGCGAUGGGCUUUUGAGAAAGGUGGAAUCUACCCAAAAGAUAACUUUGACUACCAUCCUCACAUGACCCUUGCCAAGGUCAACAUGGGCUUCACGAAAAAGACAGGCUUGCGGAAUAUCUCCCGUGUGGCAUACGAGUCACUCUUGGACUAUAAAUUCGGCCAGCAGGGUGUGAAGGGGAUCCACCUGUGUCAGAUGGGUCAUGAGAGGAGGGACGAUGGCUUCUAUGUCUGUCCAACACAGAUCGACUUCAAGAAAUAGAGCCACACUCACACAAUGCUUUAACUCAACACUGGAGCAUAGCACUAGAACACAACACUUUAACACAAUGCUUGAAUACAACUCUAGAACACAACACAAAAGCAUAACAUUAGAACAACACGAAAAUGUAACACAAAGCUGGAACACAACUUUUUAACGAAACACUCUAACACAAUGCUGGAAUGCAACACUAGAAUGCAACACUUUAACACAAUGCUGGAACACAGCACUAGAACCAAACACAAAAGUAUAACACUAGAACACAAAAUGUAACACAUUGCUGGAACGCACCACUAGAACGCAACAUUUUAACGAAAUACUUUAACACAGUGCCAGAGCACAACAUCAGGAUAUUACACUAGAAUGCAGUUAAACACAACACUAAAACACAGUUAAAAAAAGGAUGCAAAAACACAAUACUAUAACACAACUUAGGAGCACAGUGCUAUGACACAUGACAAUGGCAGCUUGCUUAUAUAUCUAGGCAAACAAAGUUCUAUGAUUGAUAUAUAAACAAAAUAUAAUGUCCUGAUGGGAUAUAAGAAUAUUUCGGGUGAUUAACAGAUCUAGUUUCAGAUAUAUUCUUAUAUCCCAUCAGGACAUUAUUAGACAUGACUGUUGUGCUUCCCUUCAUGCAUCCUGUUUAAUAUAGGACAACUGCUUGUAUUAACAACUUGGCAUGAAGUGAGAGUCCAGUCUAUGUCUAGGAGAUGAUAUAGGCAUCAAACAGGUCGUACUGGACGUCAGAGCAUAAGUGACUGGCCAUUUGAUAUUCUCUCUUGUGUGUGUGUGUGUGUGUGUGUGUGUGUGUGCGUGCGUGCGUGCGUGCGUGCGUGCGUGCGUGCGUGCGCGUGUGUGUGUGUGGAAAGGGGGGGGAGGAGGGGCUGGGAUUUUGUAUCGAGAUUUGAUAUAUAUUCAGCUAGCCACUUUUUUUUAAAAACCUAUGAGCCUGAAUAUUUUUAAGAUUAACACUUGCUGCAACAAUGUUUUUUGGGCAGGAUGUUUCUUCUUCUUUUUUCAACAGUCUGAAGCAUAAUUAUUUUAAAAUCACAGCUUCCACCACCCACCCCUAUAGCCUUUCACAUCAGAAAAUCAAAUGGCCGGUCCCUCACAAUUGUAUAGUACUUUAUCAUUUUUAUUCAAAAUACAAUACAUAAGAUAAGAUAUUCUAUAUCAUUUUCUAUAUUGUUUAAUGAUUUGAUAUUGGUUUGUUGAUUAUUACUUUGUCCAUAUUAUUGUUUGAUCACUUGCUCUGUCACAGUCAGAAAGCCAACUCUGUACUGCUUGUACAGCUGUGUCCAGGAUCCCAUGAAUGUCCCCCGUGCCCCAUGCUUGCUGUACAAACCUACUGACCGGCAGUUAUCCAUGACAGUUGCAGUGUUGGGUUACAUGUGUCCAUAGCAGAGUGCACAGGAUUAUGAUCCCCGCCACGAAGUUGAAGGAGGAUAUGGGAAUGGGUGCUGUCAGUCCGCCCUUCCGUCGGACCAUCACAUUUCGUUUCUGGAGCAGAACUAAAAAACCACGAGCGAUAUCUUAAACAAACUUGGCACAUAGAUAGGUCUCGUGGUGAGCUGGUGCCUUUUGAUAGUUUCUGAUUUUUGAAAAUUGUAUUUUUUGAGGUUCCUAAGCAAACACUUGUACUUAGGCUGAAGAUGGCGGUAGUGCUCGUUUCCGGAGGGCUAAUGCCUUUCACACAACCGACAUGUCAUAUUGGCAGUAUUUCAUGCUUGUUACAUGUUGAAGGGCUUGUUACAUGUUGAAAGGCUUGUUACAUGCUGAAAGGCUUGUUACAUGUUAAAGGGCUUGUUACAUGUUGAAAGGCUUGUUACAUGUUGAAGGGCUUGUUACAUGUUGAAAGGCUUGUUACAUGUUAAAGGGCUUGUUACAUGUUGAAAGGCUUGUUACAUGUUGAAGGGCUUGUUACAUGUUGAAGGGCUUGUUACAUGUUGAAGGGCUUGAUGGGUUCAGCUCACAAAACCCUGUACACCCACAAGUGACACAUGUAGCCAGUUCGUCAUUACCUGUUCACAAGAAAAGAUUUAUUUUCCAUGAAAGUUUGUGUGACAAGAUCCGAUGGGUCUAAUGACGACAGUGGGUUCCAGAGGGGGCAACACAAACUGUGAACAUGGUCAGGAAUGACAAGGAGAUGACAUUGUAUGAAACUCUUUGUUAUGUCUGUAACUUGUGUUGGACAAUGGUCUUUUCAAGAUGGUUGCAAGCCAAUCAGAUAUCUGGAUUUUAUUGUAUAGAUUUGUUUGUUUGUUUUUUAACGUCGCACUUAGCAAUAUUCCAGCUAUAUGACAGUGGUCUGUAAGUAAUCGAGUCUGAACCAGACAAUCCAGUGAUUGACCGCAUGAGCAUUGAUCCAUGCAAUUGGGAUCAUGACAUUUAAUGUAAUGAGAAGUCACUAUGACUGUGGGAGAUCGUUGCUCUUGCUGUCGACCUCGGUUGUGGUUGUAGCAGACUUGAUUAUUUACAGACAGCUGUGCUAGUGUUUGAAUGUUGACGACUAAUGCGUAAAACGCAUUUUCUCACUUCAUUGAGUUAGUGUAUGUGAUAUACUAUCAAUUGUUCAAGCAAUGUUUUCAGUUUGAACAAUAAAUCAUGCUUGUCUCCA